AUGGAGGUGGUGACUGUGGUUCAUGAUUUGACUGCUAAGGGUUAUCUACCGCCCAAUUCGAAGCCACAAGGCAUGGAAAUGUGUCUGGCCUCCUACCCAAUUGACACAGUCCGCAGAAGAAUGAUGAUGACAUCUGGUGAAGCUGUGAAGUACAAGAGUUCGAUCGAUGCUUUCUCUCAAAUCCUUAAGAAUGAGGGUGCCAAAUCUCUGUUCAAGGGUGCCGGUGCUAACAUUCUCCGUGCGAUUGCUGGUGCGGGUGUGCUUGCGGGUUACGACAAGCUCCAGCUGAUUGUGUUUGGAAAGAAGUAUGGUUCUGGCGGAGGCUAA